AUGCCUGAAUUAUUAAAAGUUUAUGAAUUGAUCAAUAAUGCUGAGAGAGAGUCUCAAAAAGGUUUGUAUGCGAAGGCUAGAAGUAUAUAUGAAGAAAUUUUAGAUUAUAUCUUGGAUGAUAACAGGAAUGCAAUAACUCUUGAUUUGCAAAAAGUAGGCUCAAAAGUUGGCGAAGCUGUUGAGCUACUAGUGGAAGAUGUUAAGUUACGAAUACGAGAACUGGAUACUUUAAUAGGUAUUCGUAACCUUCAAAAACCUUCCAGUGAACAUAAAGAAUUGAAUAAUAGUUAUAAUAACAAUAGCUUACAAAAAGAUGGGGAGAAUUCAAAUAUUACUCCUUUAAACAAAAGGAAACAAUAUAAUAUGUUAAAUUCUGUUAUAUUAAACAACGGUUCUAUAAUUAACCCAGGAGAAUCGAUUUGGAACAUUAAUAGUAAUAAACUUAUAGCUGAUCCUUCACUAAUUAGUAUAUUCAAUAAAUUUCAAUCGAACUUAACGAAAUCGUUAUCAGAUCAGCUUUUGAACAGCAAUGAGAUGAAUGAUUCUAAUUCGAAAACAACCAGCAUCGUAGCACAGCAAAUAAAAUAUAUAGUAGCGAAAGCUAUUGAGGAUGAAUUAUCAUCUUUUGAGAAAGAAUUAUGUGUCUAUGAAAAUAAAAAAUGUAAAGAAUAUCAAAUUAAACUGAACCGUUCUUCUGAAGAGAACAAAAGAUUAAACAAACAAAUUAUGAAGUUACGUGAGAGAUGGGAUGGUCUAGUGGAAAGUGCUAAACAAAAGAAGCUAAGAAAACAAGAGGAUGGUAUAUAA